AUGUUCAAACCGACUUUAUCUCUGUUGUUAUUAUUCUUAAGCAUAUUAGUAUGUUUUGCUGAAAUCGAACGUGACUCCUCAGAAAAAAAAACUUGUGGAUAUGAGUCUUGUCCGAAAAUAGAUCCGAACAAACUAAAUGUUCAUUUAGUACCACAUACACACAGCGAUCCUGGUUGGUUAAAAACAAUCGAUCAAUAUUAUUAUGGAAGCAAAUCCUACAUUUUCAAAGCAGGAGUACAGUAUAUUAUUGAUGAUGUUAUUCAAGCUUUAAAACGUGAUCCUGCUCGGAGAUUUGUGUAUGUUGAAACUUCAUUUUUGUGGAAGUGGUGGCAGCGUCAAGAUGAUAAAACCAAAGAAGAAGUUAGAUCACUUGUAAAUGAAGGUCGUUUAGAAAUUAUUGGAGGAGCAUGGAGUAUGAAUGACGAAGCCACAACAUAUUAUCAAUCAAUUAUUGAUCAAUCCACUUUGGGAUUUAGACGUUUGGAUGAUAUGUUUGGCGAAUGUGCUCGUCCUAAAAUCGGUUGGCAAAUUGAUCCCUUUGGUCAUUCUCGUGAACAAGCUUCUUUGUUUACUCAAUUUGGGUUUGAUGGAAUGUUUUUCGGUCGUUUAGAUUAUCAAGAUAAAAAUAAUCGUUUACUCAAUAAAACUGCUGAGUUUAUUUGGAAAGGCAGCUCGAGUUUAGGGGAUAAAGCUGAUUUAUUUACGGUAAUUUUGUUCAAUGGCUACUUAGCUCCUCCGGGAUUUUGUUUUGAUAUACUGUGUUUAGAUGAUCCUAUUAUCGAUGACCCGGAAAGCCCAGAAAAUAAUGUUGAAGCUAAGAUAGCUGAUUUUGUUAAUUAUUGCCAAGAACAAGCAAAAUAUUAUAAUACAAAUAAUAUAAUUCUGACAAUGGGCGAAGAUUUUAGUUAUCAGAAUGCAAAUAUGUGGUUUUUAAAUAUGGAUAAGCUUAUUAGAUAUACAAAAGAAAUGUAUGGAUCUGCAGUCAACGUAAUCUACUCAACACCUUCGUGUUACUUAAAAUCUCUACAUGACGCGCAAUUGUCCUGGACAACAAAAUCAGAUGACUUUUUCCCGUACAGUAGCGAUCCUCAUGCUUUUUGGACUGGCUAUUUCACUUCUCGACCAACAUUCAAAUUUUUCGAGCGAAUGGGCAACAAUUUCCUUCAAGUCACUAAACAAUUGUCAGUUUUGUCAAAACUAAUGGACAGCCAAGGUUUGACUCAUUUCAAAGAAGCGAUGGGUGUCGUGCAGCAUCAUGAUGCCAUAACAGGAACAGCAAAACAACACGUAAAUGACGACUACGAGAGACGUUUGUAUGACGGUUUUAUGUAUGGCACAAAUAUCGUGUCCGAUGCUCUGUCAAAAAUGUUAAGAAUAGAUCCUCAAGCUCCGGAAAUUGAAUUCAAAUCAUGUUUACUAUUGAACAUUAGUUCCUGCGUCUUUAGUGAAACAUCAGGAAACUUGGUCCUUACGUUAUACAACCCAACAAGUCAACCCAUGUCAACAUACGUCCGAAUACCCGUCAAUGGAAACGCUUAUAAUGUGAAAGCUUAUACUGGUGAUGAAAUAGUAACACAAUUAUUACCAAUUCCAGAAUUUGUACGUCAGAUACCAGGAAGAAUAAGCAAUUCAACAAGCGAAUUAGUAUUUCGUGCUAUUGAUAUCCCUGCUUUGGGUUAUCAAUCGUUCUAUAUUACAGAAUUAUCAUCGAAUACAGUUGAAGAAAUCAGUGCAGCAUCGGAGUCAUCAAUUGGUAAUGAUUUAUACGACGUCAGUGUUAACGAACUCGGUAAUGUUGUUAUAGAAUGGAAAAAUAUGAAUUUACAAGUUACCCAAUCAUUCCAUUAUUACGAGGGCAUGGAAGGAAAUAAUACUGAAUUUAAUUAUCGCGCGUCAGGAGCUUAUAUUUUCCGUCCAAAAGAAUCAAGGAUUCAUGAUUUUUCAUACUCAGGAAAUCACAAAUUUUACACUGGACCUGUAGUCAAUGAGUUGCAUAUAACAAUCAACGAUUUCAUAGGACAAAUAGUACGUGUUUAUAAUUUAGAAAAUAAAAUUGAUUUUGACUGGGUAGUAGGGCCUAUUCCUAUUGAUGAUAAUGUUGGAAAAGAAGUAAUUACUAAAUAUACAAGUAAUCUUAGUUCGAAAAAGACAUUUUAUACUGACAGCAAUGGUCGACAAAUGAUGAAACGUGUGCGAAAUUAUCGUCCCACUUGGGAUGUUAGUUUAGAAGAACCAAUUGCUGGUAACUAUUAUCCAGUUACUACUAAAAUUUAUUUGGAAGACGAGGAACAAAAAAUACGAAUGAGUAUUUUGAAUGAUCGGGCUCAAGGAGGUACAAGUAUGAUUGAUGGCGAAUUGGAAGUAAUGUUACACCGAAGAUUACUAAAUGACGAUGCUUUUGGAGUCGGCGAAGCUCUAAAUGAAACAGCUUUUGGUUACGGACUCGUUGCCAAAGGCACACAUUCACUUCUUGCCAGCAGUCUUGAAGAUUUAUCAACAGUUGCAUUGGCUGAAAAAUCAGAAGCUGUUGCUUUGGCAUUAAGACCCUGGUAUUUGUUUUCUCCCUUCGCGAAUCUAUCGUUUAAUCAAUGGAAUAGCUAUUACUCUAUGCAGGGAAGCAGCUUGCGGAAUAAGAUACCAGAAAAUCUUCAAAUUCUAACUCUUGAACCGUGGAAAGAUAAUACAAUUUUAUUGAGACUUGAACAUUUGUUUGAAAAAAACGAAGCUGGAGCUUUAUCACAAAGCGUUACUAUUGAUCUUGCGGAUCUUUUUGCAAACCUUGAAAUAGUUUCGGUAAAAGAAACUAGUCUUGGUGGAAAUCAACCGAUUGAAGAAGUAAAUCGACUGCAGUGGAAAUCAAAUGAAGUUGAUGAUCAAUCAUACGAUUCUAAUCGUGUGAUUGAAUCAGAAGAUGGCGGUUUUGAAGUUACUUUAAAUGCCACGGAAAUACGUACUUUUAUUUUGUAUGUUAAGUUCUAAUCAGAUAAGUGAACAUAAAUUUAUACACCGAUGAAAUUUAAUAAAAUACUAAUGAUACGAAAUA